UGUUGUACCAAUCGUAUAAAUAGCCAUAGUCAAACCGUAAUCCUUUCAAACAUCAUUUGAAACAUUCAAACAGAUCACAUCGUUCAUCGUUCAAGAAAAAAAAAUCAUCAAAUAACUCAUUCAACAAUGAUUCAGUCAAUUAUAUCAGUAUGCCUUUUGUUGGCUAGCACUUGCCACGCUGGUGGAUACGGCGGAAGUGGCGGAUCUAGCUUUGGUGGUAGUCUUCUUGGUGGUGGCGGUGGUGGCUCUUACGGUUCUGGAGGAAGCGGUGGCGGUUCCGUACAACCAGUAUCAGGUUUUGGUGGUGGCCCUGUUACAGCAGCUGUACAAUCUUCACAUACAGUUGAAAUCCGUCACGUCAAUGUACCAAUGGAAUUACCUCAACCACAAAUUGUUGAAGUUGAAGCUGGUAAUUUACCACUUACCAUCCAUUUUAAAUCAGCAUCCAGCGCUUUGAACGUCGUACAAACUCAUCAGCCAGGUCUUGCAGGUGAAGCUCAACACACCACAUCUGAAGAUGAACCGCAUCGAUUAGUACACGAAGUUACUAAGCCAGUUAUCCAAGAAGUUCGUGAAAUCAUUACACCAUAUCGAAGAGUUAUUCAGGAAAUUAAACCAGUCCAAGAAGAAAUUCAGACCAUCAUUGCCAAAGGUGAACCACGUGGCAAUAUGCAAUCUAGUGAUUAUGGUUCUGGUUUAGGCAGUGGACUCAAAGGUGGUUUAAGUGGCCAAUAUGCUGCAGCUGCUUCGAAUCAACCAACCAGUUCAAUUACACGAGCUUCUUCUUCAUCAAGUAAAUUAUCAGGCAGCUCAUCAAGCCCAUCAUCAGGUUCAGUGUCUUACUUCAAUGAUGGUUUAUCCGGCGUUUCAUUUGCACAAGCAUCCUCUCCAUCAAGCGGCUCUUCUUCAUCAUCAACUAGCGGAACCAAAAGUUCACCAGUUUCACAAUCGACAGGUGGAUCAUCGAUUCGAAUUCUUGAAGGUGGCAAUAGUCGAUCCAGUGGUAUGAGCACCAUCAACGCUUACAAAUCCCGUGCCUAAACUGUUUUCAAUCGAUCAAGCCUUUCACUCAACCCAGUCCAGUCACGCUAUAUUAAAUAGCAUCAUCAUCAUCUUCAUCAUCAUCAUCAUUAUCAUGUACGCGCACAAAAAAAAAUAAAAUAAAUCAUCUCCUUUCCCUUUAUUGCUCUCGAUUCGUUACUUGAUCAUCAUCAGUGAUCGGGCAUCAAAAAUCGAGUGAUUUUUUUUUGCCUUCUAAAAUCCGAUGAAGUCGGUUUUUUUUUGGUUGGAUUAAAACUCGCAAUUCUCAUCAAAACACACAAC